ACAACAGUUGCAACAUUCAUAUAAAAGAGGAUUGCACACAAGCAGUAAUGGGAUAAAUGAUCUGCUUCUGUUCAUGGCAUGCAUCAUUUUCUCUCCAGCUCUAAUCAUUUUCACAAUCAGUGGUACUGGUUGUUCAGCCCGGUGGAAGGAAGUAUCUGCCUGUUGCACAUUUAUUUUAUCUGCUUCAUGUUGACUGAAUAUCAGUCGCUAUUAUUGUCACGCUCUUGCUUUAGUAUGAAAGCAUAACUUCCAAAAAGAUGUUUUAUGGACCAUGACUGUGACUGAUUUUAUACCCAUGAACUAAAGUGAUGUAGAUUUUCAACAGGAAACUGAUGCAAGAGCUCCGUUUCUGCAGAGCACUGACUUUGAAGCUGUCUGUAUGUAACUGGACCAACAUGUGUGUGUGUGUGUGUGUGUGUGUGUGACGUGUGUGCAAUGUAUGUUUGUGCAAAGUCCUACUGCAUCUAGCCUUUCAGACAGAUUUGGAAAGGACAACCACAAACCAGACUGACCUGACUCUUCCUGAUUUAGUUAACAUUCCUCAUCUGCUGUUUCAGGAUUAAAGACAAGUGAUAGUUGGACAUUUUGGGAAAUAUGCUUAUUUGCUAUAUUGUUGAGAGUUAGAUGAGUAGAUCGAUCCCACUCUCAUGCAUGUGCAUUAUAUAUGAAGCUAUAUCCAGCAGCUUAACAUAAAGACUCAAAACAGGUAGACAGGGGGAUUUUUGUUACCUUAAGACAGAGCCUGGCUAGCUGUUCCCCCUGUUUCCAGUCUUUAUGCUAAGCUAAACUAACCAGCUAACAGACAGACAUGAGAAUUGUAUCGUUCUUCUUAACGCUUAGCAAGAAAGCAAAUAAAUAUAUUUCCUUUGAAUAUUAAUUCUGUCAUCUCUGACUGCUGCCAGAUCAUGAAUUAAUAGGAAGUGUAUACAAAUCUUGAUCCUAUUAUCAAUUCAUUAUUGUGCACCCAAUUUUAAAUUUCUCCAGGUGGAUAUUUAACCAUGAAAUCUGAUGACAUGACAAAUGUCUCCCCCAUAGUCAGUAGAAAACUUUCUUUCAUUCUCCCUUGUACUUAUCUUGAUGUAAAAGUAUUGCACUUAACAUUAUCUUCUUAUGAUAGUGCGCACUGGACGCGUCUUUGUAGUGCUGUGGGAGCACGAAAUGAGGCCAGUUUGAAGUAGCCGUGCGUUUGUCAGCUGUGGGUGUGGUGUGACAUCGGCCUCUGUGUAUGGGCUCAGGGUUCCUCAACGGCACUUUAACUUUCCACGAAUCAAGGGAGCGUGAUGCUUAUAAAAUUAGACCAAAGGACUCUCAAACGUCUAGGUGGAGACCUUCAAAGUGUCGCCGGCCAUCCGGCGAUGAUGUGGUAGCUUCCUGUUUACCCCAGUGCGGCCCUGCUUCUUCUCUUCUGUGCUAUCAUCUUGCUUAACAAGACACGGUGAAUUUAAGAACAACUAGGCGUGUGGGCUCAAUCUCAAUCCAGCUAUCUCUGCAGUCCACAGCCCUGCGUUACUCAGUCCGUCCCCAUCUGACUCUGCCUUCUCUGGGCCACGUAGACCUCUGCCUCUGUUCUUUCAUCAAACCAUCAACUCAACUGAAAAUGAGACUUUGUGCCAGUUUCAGGAUACUCAAUACAGAAGUUAAUGUCGGAUCUUUCUAGCUGUUUGAUGGCCGGACUUUUGCAAACCACUGUGCUAUUUAGAACAAUCACAGCUGCAUUUGUGCACCUUCCACAGGAAACAUGGUCAGUUCAGACCAACAGUUUCCACUCAGCCUGAAACUGUGGGGAACAAAAAUAAUCUACAGUGAGCAGGUUUCUCAAACUUGAUAGGCUGAUAGGAUUCAUGUCAAAAAGAGGAAGUGCUCUCCUUCAGCUCAGUAGAGCGCUGAUGUUUUGGUAAUGUUUCACAGCUCCGGCUGUGACACAGUGAGUCGGCGUAUUUUGUUGUUCACAAGACGUUUACCAACAGCUUUCUUGUGGUGUUUGGCAGCGCGAUCCAGGAGUGUGGUACCUGGAGAGGGAGGCCCCAGCCCGGGCUCACCGCGCUCCCCCAGAUCCAUGGAGAGGCCCCUGAAGGCCGGCUGGCUCAAGAAACAACAGAGGUCUUUAGUCAAGAACUGGCAGCAGCGUUAUUUUGUGCUGAGAGGGAGCACUCUGACUUACCACAAAGAUGACAAGGAGACCACUAUCCAGGGAGUCAUCCAGCUGCGGUUCAGUAAAGUGAAUGACCUCCCUCCAAGCUCAGAUGACCCCGGAAAGUACUUCUUUGAGAUCAUACCACGUACAACUAGAGACAGAGAGCGAUGUCCCUAUGUGUUCAUGGCAAACUCCCAGAGUGACAUGGAGGAGUGGGUCCGCACUCUGCGCAGAGUCAUUGGAGUACCAACAAGUGGAGUGUUUGGAAAGGGUCUCAUGGACACAGUAACAUAUGAGCAACGGUUUGGGCCUCACAUGGUGCCAAUCCUGGUGCAGAAGUGUGUGGAGUUCAUCAAAGAGCACGGCCUGGAUGAAGAGGGCAUCUUCCGUCUCCCGGGUCAGGACAAUGCUGUGAAACAGUUCAGAGACGCCUUUGAUGCAGGAGAGAGACCCUCCUUCCCCAGUGACACUGAUGUCCACACGGUGGCGUCUCUGCUCAAGCUGUACCUCCGCGAGCUUCCUGAGCCCGUGGUGCCCUGGACUCAGUACCAAGACUUCCUGGACUGCACCAACCAGCUGGACUCCAGCAGCACAGAGGGUUGGGAAAAGUUGGAGAAACAAAUUGCUCUUCUCCCCAGAGUCAACUACAACCUUCUUAGUUAUGUUUGCCGGUUUUUGUUUGAGGUGCAGCUGCACUCCAAGGUGAAUAAGAUGAAUGUGGAGAACUUGGCUACAGUGAUGGGCAUCAACCUGCUCAAACCUCAGAUUGAAGACCCCAUAACUGUGAUGAAGGCGACUCCUCAGAUCCAGAAGCUGAUGACAGUGAUGAUCAGACAGCAUGAGACUCUGUUUCCUCUCUCUAAAGACGUCCUUCCCUCCCCUCCCUCAAAAAAGGCUGAAAGCCAGAAGAACACUCCCCGAAGCUUCGUCGGCUGGGAGUCUGCAGAGAUGGGUGAUGCGUCGCUGUCUGAGUCUCCAGAAGAGGAGGAGGACAUUGACAGUCCAGGUCCAGGCAGAGGAAACUGCAGCCCCCAAAACAUGUGUCAGGAGCCCCGCUCCACUUCAACAGACGACUGGACGGGAAGUUCCCGCAAACGCACUCAGACCCUUCCCGCCUUCAACUGCCCGCUCACCGGGAUGGCAGCCAAGGCCGACGCGCUCAACCGGUGGAGUCACAUCCAUGAGAGCGUGGAGGAGAAGAGCGGGACAUUGUCAGAGGACAUUUUUAAGAUCCUGGACCUCCGGAGUUCAGGUUCAUUGUUCGGGGGGCCUCAGAUGAGCAACAAGGAGGGAGAGGAUAAGUUAUUAACAGCCCGAAGAGGAAGUGACAACACGGGUUCUUCAACUGCUGGCUCCCAAAAACCUGACAGCGAGGCCCGGCCUGCCCAGCCUGCCCGGGUGCUGCUUCAUGAAAAGAGUGUGGGGAACCUGACGGGUUCAGACCAGCAGGUCAACAGCCGGUCUGAGCAGAAGAAAGACAGCCCACAGCUGGUAGACAGUCUGCAGCAGGAGAACAAGGAGCUGAAGGCCACAGUAGCAGAGCUCCAGUCUGUCCUGGAGGCAGAUCGCCUCCACGUGGCCGCUCUGGAGGUCUGCCUGAGAAAUGCAGAGCGCAGCCGAGACGAGGUCCAGAGACGCAACGAGGAGCUGCAAAGAGACAUUCAGCAAUUCCUCACCAAAAAGACACAAGCUCCUACCCAACAGUAAUUUUCAGACUCACUAGUAUUUGGAUUUAUGACUCCAUUAACCUCAACAGAGCUAACUUCACAUGAAUGGAAAAUGAUAUUGUCCUUCAGUGGGAUGACAUUAGAUUGUUUCCAUUUGAGCUCUGUUUGGUCCUCAAGAUAAAUUAAGAUAAUAAAUAUCAUUAUUCACAUUAAAGACAUUAAUAACACAAAUUCGUUCCUCCCUAUGAUGAACUGCCUUGAUCUGGUGUGUCCAUGGGGCAACAUCAGCUGAGACUGAAUCCUUUGAACCGAGGUCAAUUGGACUGAAUUAAUGUUAAUGGUGGACAGUAGAAAUACUCUGUGUCAUAUGUGGAUUGACUGGUUCAUUAUUUCAUGUGGUAAAAUAAUAAAACAGCACACAUUUAAGUGAUUUUUGUUGAUGUAUAAAUAUAUCUUACACCCUAUAUUUACCACUUCUUCUUAACAUUUUACAUAUUGAAUUAUUGGAUAUCAAUCAAUCAAACUUUAUUUAUAGAGCACCUUUCAAACAAAUCAAAUGCAUUUCAAAGAGGUUUACAAGCCAUUGACAAAACCUGGUUGAUGUUUAAAGUAGUAAAAUAUGAAUACAAUAAAAUAACAAAGAUUAUAAAACACAACAUCCUCUCCAGAUGCUGUUCCAGCGGCUUGGAACGUAAUGGCUGAAAGCAGCAUCGCCAAAUGUUUUUUUUUUCUGUUUUCUGGAACGAUGAAAGAAUUGUAAAAUUGUUUGAAAUUGACCAUAAAUAUCAAACUGUCAUGUCAGUCCAUGUCAUAGUUAUUGAUAUAUUUAAGUCUGGUCCAACAGAACGACUGAACAACAUGCUGCUAUAAACAUCAGACAUCACUAUAAAUCACCUCAGAGAAUACAAUUAGCUUCAUUAAAGCUGCACUAAUUCAUAUUUUUAAUAUAAACAAAUGAGUCUGUUUAAGGUGAGUAGUUGCUUGUUGUUACAAACCCACAGAGAAUCCUCACCCAGCUCUAGACUCCCUCGGCUCAGAGCUACAGAGCAUCAGUGUUUUUCAGCUCGUCGUGUUUUACAGCCUGUAACUUUACUGUUUUAGUUCGCUCUCAACGUCUUUUUUGCAAAAGAAGUAUGUGCGAUACUUGACCAGCAAACAGCAGACUGACAAAAAAAAGUUUCCCCUCAGGAGUGUGUAUAUCGGUCGUAAAUGUGUUAGGCAGCCAGAAACACGACCGUAAAGGAAUGCUAACAUUACUCUGUUUACUGCAUAUGUAAAUAGGCAAGUUUUGGUUACACAUUCAUCAUAAUGACUUUAUAUGGUGGUAAUAUGUCAAUGUUCCAAUGCAAUCACUUAAUGCUGCUUUAAAUAUACAUUGAUUUCCUAAACAUC